AUGUUAUCCAAUUUCGCAGUUGUGGUACGAUGUAUAGAGAGCUAUCAAAAUGUCAGGAGUUGCAGUGGGGUAGUCAUUGAUUUUGAACGUGGAUUAGUGUUGACGAGUGGCUCCUUACUCUCGUGUCUAAUCGAUACAAACGCUGCUGAUCGGCAAAGUCUUGCCACUGUUGAUCAGUUAGCUAAAACGUUGAAAUUUGAAAUUAUAGUUAAAUUAGAAAACAAUCAUAGCAAAUCUUCAUCAUUCAUGGCCCUUAAAUGCCAACUUCGUAGUCGAUGGUAUUGUCGCCAGGUGCAAGAAGUAUUAGAUAAUAGCAUGCCCAGUCAUCGCUGGUCGUUUACUAUUCCUCCUGAAAAGCAAUGGGAUAAUAUGGAUGAUGGAACCAAAGCUGCAAAUACAAAUCCGUUAGCUGAAGAGAAUCAUUCUAAUCAGAAAAGUGAUCCUUCUGUAAUAACCCAAUUUCUCCUCUUACAGAUUACUGAUACUAAUAAAAAGUUUUUAAAUAGUGAUCCAAUUGAAAUGGCCGAUAGACGAUUAUUGAAACGUGGUGAUGUUGUAGAAGUCAUUUCCACACCUUUUGGAGAUAGCUAUCCUUUGAUAUUUUACAAUAGCUCAACUAAAGGCAUAAUUUCCAACAUUUGCGGCAAAAAAAAUCAACUCUUUCUAACUGAUGCUCGAUGCUUAGCUGGAAGUGAAGGUGGAGCAGUAGUUUGCAAAUUAGCUGGUCAAUCCAAGGCUUCUCUUGUUGGCGUUGUUAUGUCGCCAUUUUGCUUUAAAGACACCGAAUGGACAGGCUUUACAUUAGUAGUACCCAUUGAUCUUAUCCUAACAUCACUACCGUCAAAGCAUCAUCCUUUGGUGCAUGAUUUUAUGGCAUUAAAAUUACCCAAUUCAACUCGUAGCAAUUUAACACCCAACAGUGAUAUUUCCUUUUUUGAUAAGGUGUCAUCUGCAGUUGUUUAUAUCCAAUCUUUAUCCUCUUGGGGAUCUGGAGUAGUUAUUGACCGUUACAAAGGACUAAUUAUCACCUGCAGCCAUGUUGUCCACCCAUGCAAUUCCAAUUCUGAUGAUGAUUGUAACCAUGGCGAAAGCGAUCGCAAAGUUCGUGUUCUGACGACAAAACCAAUUAAACGUUGGUAUAAUGCAGUAGUUCUCUAUCCUAAACAACACUGCCAAGUCUUGGACGUUGCUGUUAUUAAAAUAUUAGAUUUUCUUCCUAGUCAACUAUCUUCUAUAUCACUAUGCAAAAGUGAUUCUGCUAUCAGUACUGGUAGUGAUAUUCUAAUUAUUGGUUAUGGCAUGUUUCCUCCGCAUACCUACGAAGCCAAUGAACCUACAGUUACUAGAGGUAGUAUAGCCAGCAUUUGUCGAAUCAAUAAUAAACCAAUGUUAAUCCAGACAUCCGCAGCAAUACAAUGUGGAACUAGUGGUGGAGCUCUCAUUAGCAAAAAUACCGGAGAACUUUUAGGUAUUACCGUUAGCAAAGUGAAAAACGUCAAUUCAGGUGGCAUCUAUACGUAUAUUAGUUUCUGCAUUCCCGUUACAAGAAUAUAUCCUCAGAUUGUGAAGUAUAAUCAAAGUAAAGAUAUUUCAGAUUUAAAAAUGCUCUCUUAUCAGAAUGAUUCAGCUGUCGGACAACUUUGGCUUAUGAAAGCCACGGCAGCUAACUAUCGCCAGCUCGAUCUUAGAUACACUAUGCAAAAAAUUCUCUGUGAAUAUUCUAGUCGGCCACACAAGCAGACUUUAAUGAUAUCGUCAUGUAGCAGAAGCGAAGUUCUUAAAGGCAGUUACAAGAAAUACUGA